AUGACUGUCGAGAGCCUUCUCGAGCAAUAUCAGGGCCAUAUUGUCCCAAAGGCGUACAAUGCGGGUUACCUCGCGCUCAGCUACCUCAUCAGCUUGGUGGGGGCUGCUUCGACCCUCGAAUUGAUCACUCGGCGAUCAUGGUUUAAUGGAAUUUCGAAUCAUCUGAUACUAUGUUCAUCCGCAAUCACCAUGGGCGGUAUAGCUAUUUGGUGUAUGCAUUUCAUUGGCAAUAUCGCACUCACACUUGCUGAAGGCGAGGCAGAGAUGCAGAUUGUAUACUCCAGUGGCAUGACAGUACUCUCCUUCUGCAUGCCUGUUAUUGUCCUCCUUGCCGCAUUCUACGCGAUAGGCAUCUCGAAUCGAAUCGCCUGGUGGAGAGUGAUAACUGCUGGUAUCCUUUGCGGCUGUGCCAUCUGCGGUAUGCACUACUUGGCCAACGCUUCCAUCAAAAACUACCAGUGCAUUUACGAACCAGCAUAUAUCGUCGGGGCUGCUAUCAUUGCUGUCGCUGCCAGUACUGUGUCGUUGGCCAUGUUCUUCAUCUUCCAGUCGCUCUCGGCGAGUAGUUGGUGGAAGCGAACCAUUUCUGCGAUCAUCCUUGCUGGAGCGGUAUCUAGUAUGCACUGGUGUGCCUCUGUGGGUACUCAGUACAGACUGCUUCAUCUGAGGAAAUUGGAACGAGGAUCGCGCACUGCGACCGCUAUUGCAGUCAUUUGUUUAUCUUUCAGUGCCUGCAUUAUCAUUGCUGGAUCCGCUAUUCUUCGAGCCCGCAUCUUGAAAGAUGCAGCGCUUCGUGCUCAGCAGAUUGAGCUAGCUGCUAUCGUCUUCAACAAAGAUGGAUGUCUUCUGGUCGACUCAAACGGAGUUUUCCCCAAUACUGUUGUCACCGAUUUCUUUAUUGGAGAGAACACGGACGAAAAGUUCAACACUGCCCAUCCACAGUUUCACUGGAUGUUUCAAGCUUCACGGAACUGGACUGGAAUAUCGGGACUAAUAAACGGCAUGAAACAACAUCUCCGACAACUACCGCACAAAAGCCGCCAUAAAGAUCCAACUAAGGGAAUUCAGCUUAUCGAUGACGAUGGAGAGCUCAUCGAUGGAUAUUCAGUCAUCUUCCGCGAGCUAUUCUGCGUCGCCGCCUCCAAGAUCAGCGAUAGCCUUGACGAGUCCAUCACAACGAUGGGUAUUCUAUGGGACGAAAUUAUCAUUAAACGAUCAGUCGCAAACCCUGCUUACCUACAAGCACUUGAGAAGCAUCGCGACAAUCAAACUUCCGACACGAGCGAAAUACUACGCAAGGGAUCGACGACGGGAGAAAGCCACCUCGAAAAAGGAGUUGGGAUUGAACUUGAGAAUGAAAUCGACGGACGAGGAGCACUGAUGUUUUUGAUUCGUCGUCUUACAUCAGAUGACGACGUAAAGAGACUCGAGGCGGCUGGAUAUCGGUUCGUCGACCCUGUUCAGGUAUGCAACGAUGCAAGGAAUCACUUGCAGAUGCAGAUCCCGUCCAGCGAGUUUGAAUCAAAGCUACGCGACAUGAAGGCCUUUAUCUCACAGCAAGGUCGUAUUAAGCCUGGAGUUCAUCUUGGCCUAUUCGCAAUUCAAGAUCGAGGACUUGAUAAUCAUCACGUCCUGGUACAAAAGGAUGCUCGCGAUUUACUUCCCCUGGCACCUCUGCCAAUAAGCACUAUCGACGAGAAACAAGUGCGAAUCGUACAAGGGCUAAGUGGGUUCCAGGUUCCAGAAGUCAUUCAAAGACUGAGGACCACAGGCGCUUCUUCGAGGUCCCCUGAUGAAGAAUUAUUUGCCCACUAUCUUUCCAACGCCAUUCACUCACUACGGGAAUGGGUACAGGAACCCUUGUUUCAUGAUGCCGUGCUAAGCCCCACCAUACUACGGCUUCCCUACGGAAUCGACGGGGGUGAUGCAGAGGAGACAGUCAUCAUGGCAUUGAGGCUCAAGAUAUCUCAUCCCGUCAUCUCAUCAGGUCCCAACUGCCAAUGGGUCCCUCUCAACUUCUUCGGUAUGCGACAAGUCUUAGAACAGUCUCGACAGGAGUUUGUGCGGGUUCUUCACCAGGACUUUGAUCCAUCAACGAUGCCCGCAAGCCGGGCCAAUAAUGAGCUCACUUCCGGACCUCUAUCAACGCUCCGCCGACUAAAGGGUUCCGAAGGAUCAGCCCACUCCAAAGGAAAGAAACCCCGCGUUCCAAUAAUGAGACUAAGAGCUUCAUCAAAAGACUCUACACGCUCAUCCUCGACGAUAAACUUAUGUCCCGCUGAAAGCAGCGAAGCCCACAACGAUCGUCUUCCAUCAACAGAAACUGUGGACGUCUACCCUCCAGAACGUCAUUACACAUCCCACCAACAGUCGUUCUUAAACGGCGGCAUUGUUGUAUUCCAAGAGGUGACCGUGCAAGUCGAACAGAAGAAGUCCGAGUCUAGAAGUGACUUGGAACUAUCGUGGAGUCACGACACGGUGACAGAGCCGCCUAAAGCACAUCAGCGACAUAACAAGAAGAAUGAAAUGCCAGUUAUACAGAGCAUUGAAUUACAGCCAUCAGGGAGGGGAACAACAGAGGUUUCUGUUGAGUCUCGUUGGCUGCAUAGCUUUGGCCACGUGGAUAACAACAUCACGACGAUGGCCUCUUUUAUAGAUACUUUAAUUAUAGAGUCUAGCCACUCUGCUACAUAG